GUUGUCUCUGCAAAAUAUGCCGCGUUUUGUUCGUUAAGCAACUGGAAAACCAGAGAGAAGAAGAGAGUUUCUCGAGGUAGAGUGAAAGAAGCGAGCGAAAAUAAUUGCUUUAGAGAGAGAGAGAGAGAGAGUGACAACAAGCUAUCAAGUGAGAGUGAGCUCAUAUAAUCAAGAGAUUGUUGCAUUUGGUUUAAGAAAGGAAAGUUGAAGGUACCAAUUCCUCCGUAUACCUUGCAGAGUUAAGGUUUAAUACAUGGGUCCCUUAUCAGAACCAUUACCUGAGAGAAAUCAAAAUAAACCCUAUGGAAUUCAAUUCAUAGAAUGCAUAAAGAAAAAGAGACUUUCCUACAAAACCUGCCAAGCCAUUGUCUUGAUUGUAACUUUUUUCGCAUACGCUAGCUACCAUGCUGCUCGGAAAACCACGAGCAUUGUUAAGAGUGCCCUUGAUCCUCAAUCGACUAGGGUGGGUUUGAAGUUCAUUCCUUGGAGAAUAACUUACUUAAGUGAACCAGAAGAAAGAAGAUUUUCAUGGGUACUUGGAGAUGGUUGGGCUCCAUUUAGUGGAUCAGAUGGCACAGCCUUGCUCGGUGAACUUGACCUUGCUUUUCUCUCUAUUUAUGCCAUAGGAAUGUAUUUCUCUGGACAUAUAGGUGACAGGAUGGAUUUAAGGAUCUUCUUGACAAUUGGAAUGAUAGGAACCGGUGUAUUUACUUCGCUCUUUGGUGUUGGUUACUGGGCAAAUGUACAUAACUUUUACUAUUUUUUGAUAAUGCAAAUGAUUGCUGGUUUAUUCCAAUCAACUGGAUGGCCUUCAGUUGUUGCUGUGGUCGGAGACUGGUUCGGGAAAAGCAAGAGAGGACUAAUUAUGGGCAUAUGGAAUGCUCACACCUCAAUUGGGAACAUUUCAGGAUCUUUGAUUGCUUCUGCAAUGUUGAGCUACGGAUGGGGCUGGUCAUUUGUCGUGCCUGGUUUCCUUAUUGCUUUUAUAGGCUUGAUGGUUUUUCUAGUUCUUCCUGUUAGUCCUGAUUCUGUUGGAAUUGACAGACGUGAAGAUGAGCUGCAUGAUCCAAGGAAAAUUGGAGAGGAAGUUACAGAGCCUCUUUUAGGAUCAGACUCCGAGGUUAAGGAGACAGCAGUUGGGUUCAUUGAAGCAUGGAAAAUUCCGGGAGUUGCUCCAUUUGCUCUUUGCCUUUUCUUUGCCAAAUUGGUGGCUUACACGUUUCUCUACUGGCUUCCUUUCUACAUUAGCCACACAGCUAUCGACGGCAAGUACUUAUCGGAUGGCACAGCUGGGAACUUAUCAACAUUGUUUGAUGUAGGAGGGGUAAUUGGAGGGAUCUUAGCUGGACACAUUUCUGAUCGUCUAGAUGCCAGAGCCAUUACAGCUGCAAGCUUCAUGUACUGCGCAAUUCCUGCUCUCUUCUUUUACCGAAGCUAUGGACAUAUUUCCCUGGGUGUAAAUAUUGCCCUUAUGUUCAUCACCGGCUUGUUUGUGAAUGGGCCUUAUGCUCUUAUAACAACAGCUGUCUCGGCUGACUUGGGAACCCACAGUUCUUUGAAAGGGAACUCAAGGGCAUUGGCAACCGUUACAGCAAUUAUAGAUGGCACAGGUUCAGUUGGGGCUGCAAUUGGACCUUUACUGACAGGUUAUAUUUCUGCUAAGAGCUGGAGUGCAGUUUUCACAAUGCUAAUGGCUGCAGCUUUAAUUGCUGGUCUGCUUUUGACAAGACUUGUUGUGGCUGAAGUGGCUGCAAAAAUUGCAGAAUCAAGGUCUCAAACAUCUGCACCAUCAAGAACACCAGCAGUUCAGCUUGAUGUGUGAGUUGGAGACAAGAUGGUAGGGAUUGUAUUUGUGUCUGUUUUGUGUGAUACUCAAAAGUAUCUAUGAUCUCUGGUGCUUAAAAUGAUGAGGAAAAAUCCUCUGAUAGCGGUUGAAGAUGGGAGAGGAUGUUUUUAUACCUUCUCCAUGCUCUGUAGUUUAAUAGGAUAGAUGGAAAGAAAACGAGAAGGGGUUGAUCAUGUCAAUGUGUCUGUAUGUACAUUUUUACAGCAAUUUAACUAAUUAAACCAUGACCUUGUUAAUUCA